GUUUCCUUGCUUAUAUUUGACUGGGGGAGAACAGCUCGAUUUGUUCAAAUCUUAACACUUUGAUUGUAAUAUAUAUUCAAAGUCGAUAGGAAAUCUGUAUAAAAAGAAUUGGUUCUUAUAUUUAUUUUAAUUGACAGUGGAAGACAAAGUUUAUAAAUUAUCUUGUGUUCUAAUAAAAAAGUUAAAUUAUCAACAGCACUAGAUCAUAUGUUAGAAAUAAGCAUGGAAGAGGCAAGUAAAAAUAUAAUGGUGAUAGAUACAGACUGUGGAGUAGAUGAUGCUCUUGCCAUCAUGAUGGCUGUCAGUCAUGAUGAUUGGAAAGUUUUGUGUAUCACAUGCUGCUAUGGAAAUGUUAAUCUUAAUCAAGUAUGCCAAAAUGUUAUGCGAACUUUAGUGGUUUGUGGUAAGCAUGAGGUUCCUGUCUACAAGGGAUGUGAAAAAGCUCUGGUUAGUAAUGAACUUUUAGGCAGUGAUUACCAUUCAAAGGAUGGAUUUGGUGGUGUAGCAUCAGAAUUUCCAACUGAUUGUUUACAACUUGCAAGCCCAGAGCAUGCUUCUAAUGUUCUUGUUCGACUUGCUCGUGAACAUAGAAAACAUCUUGUGGUUGUGGCAUUAGGUCCACUGACAAACAUUGCAGUCGCUCAGAGAUUAGAUCCAGAAUUCACUAAAAAUUUAAAGGAACUUGUAAUUAUGGGGGGAAACAUUAAUGGUUUUGGAAACUCCUACUUAGCAGCAGAGUUCAACUUUGCUUCUGAUCCUGAGGCAGCUAACAUUUUGCUGAAAGAAGCUGAAUGUCCAGUGACUGUUAUUCCACUGGAAGUCUGCCAUAAAUAUGCUCUUGAUUGGAACUGGUUGGACGAUUGGCGAAAAACAGACACUCCUCGAGGAUAUUUAGUCCAAAAAAUGACAGAACAUUCCAUUAAUAGGGCCCGAAACAUACCAGGUUGCAAUGGACUUCAUCUUUGUGAUUUGUUUGCUAUGUGUGUGGUUGUCAACCCUCGAGUGAUUGUUAAAAAGGAUGAGAAAUGUGUUUACGUGGAACUUAAUGGGCAGCUGACCCGAGGAAUGAUGGUGGUUGAAAGACGACUUACACAUUUGCCUUACGUAACCAACAAUGUCUUCAUUGUGAUGGAAUUCAACAAGACAGAACUUUUAAAAAUGUUCAAGAAAAUGAUACUCUAAAGGAAGUGGUGCCUUAUAUGGUCACUGAUUUGAUUUAUUGAUAGAGAAAUGUCAUAUUACAGGGGAUGGAAAGUUAUUUUUUAAAUUGGAAAUGAUAUCAUACAUGGAUUAGUAUAUGAUUUGUUAAUAGACAGAUUAGGUAACAACUAAUAUAAUCACAGGAAAAUUAUUUUUGCCUUAUUUUGAUUUUUAAAACUUUUUAUUGGUUAGUUGAAUAAGAUGUAAAUUGCAUAAGUUCCAUUGUAAAUUUGAUAAAGGUGAAUUUCUUAAUUUACCUUUUUUUUUAGUGUGUGCAUUUAAUUAGUACAUUAUACAUAUAAAGAUACAUAUGAGCAUUGAUAAAGUACAAGUGGACAAAAUAUUGAAACAACUAGACAGUGAUGAAAAUAAUUUAUAAUGAACAAUGUUAGAUUGAACAGGAGGAUGAAAGAAAAAAAUCCUACAACACUUGCAAAGUAAUUUCAGAAGUUGUUUGGAAGAUGUUUAUUGUGGUAACAAAAGAUGUUGAGGAUGUCCUGUCUUCUGAGUUAGUUUUUAGAACAUUAAUAAAAACUGUAAUGCAGACUGCUGAGGAACAAUGAUGAUGAGGAGUAAGACCUUUUGUCUUUCCAAUUAACUUCUGGAACUCUAGUUAAAGCUGUAAUGCAGACUGCUGAGGAACAAUAAUGAGGAGUGAGAUGUGAGUGCUUAGACUACAUCUUUUACUGGCCUGCUAUUCAUUUUGUGUUUAUGUAUAUGGUGAAAAGGUUAUUGAACUUAGUUAUGUAGUUUGAAAUUUCUUUUUUUGUUGACUUGUAAUCUGUAUUUCUUUUCUUUAUUUUUUUUUCUAUUUUUUUUAUUAUUAUUAGUUAAUAUUUUGUUUUCUUCUCUCAGCCCUUUAAAGCCUAAUCUUAAACAUCUUCACAGUCUAAGAACAUAAACUUUUAAACUUUAACCCCUUAUUAAUAAUAAUGGAAAGUUUAAUAAUUAUACAUAGUUUGGUGAUAAAAAUCUUAUAUUUGUAAACAUUAGCAAUAUAGAAGAGAAAGGCACUUAAAAAUUGAAAAAGAAAGCUCUUAUUGUAUAGAGAGUAAAGCUACUGGUAACCUUUGGUAUCUUACAUAAUGUUAGUCUUAAUAAAAACUUUUGUUUAUUCA